CGUCGGAGCAUGCCUACUACGCUCGAACAUAAACAAAGGCAGGACGCUGCGCUACGAUAAACUCUGCUCUCCCGAUAUCGUAUAUGCCAACAAUACCGACAAAUUGGAGAUCGACUUUUCCCCGGAGCCAUGGAAAACGCAUUAAUGAUGCGAGUGAGCGUAUUUACCGACCAAGGAGGCCGGAAAUACAUGGAAGAUGUGACCGAGGUCAUAGUAGAGCCGGAGCCGGGAGAAGACGAGCCGACGUCGGGCGAGCCAGAGAACAGUGGGGGGGAGAGCACGGAGAGUUCCCCGAGUGGAAACGUGCUUACAGACCGGACUGGUGACCCGGCAGUGGCACUGCAGGGUCCAGAGGCUCCACCUGAACCGACACAGCCAGGAGACCAGACAGUAUCAGCCAAAACGUCUGUACCGGAGGUUCAGAGCCCACCGAGAGCACAGCCGAGCAACGCGAGCGCUUCCCGCCGUUCGGUGGCUUUCUUCGCCGUGUUUGACGGUCACGGGGGUCGUGAGGCUGCGCAGUUCGCACGGGACUAUUUGUGGGAGUUUAUGAAGAAGCAGCGGGGCUUCUGGUCGGAAUGUGACCGGGAGGUGUGCGCCGCUAUACGGAAAGGAUUUGUAGCCUGCCACCAUGCUAUGUGGAAAAAGCUCCCUGAAUGGCCAAAGACACUUACGGGCCUUCCAAGCACUUCAGGAACCACAGCCAGUGUGGUGGUUAUCAGAGGAAACCGUAUGUAUGUGGCUCACGUCGGGGAUUCAGCAGUGGUUCUAGGAGUCCAGGAUGACCCCUCUGUCCCAUUCGUCAGAGCUGUAGAAGUCACACAAGACCACAAACCAGAACUACCCAGGGAGAGGGAACGCAUUGAGGGUCUAGGAGGAAGUGUGAUUAAAAAGUCUGGAGUGAACCGGGUUGUGUGGAAGAGGCCAAGACUGAGUCACAAUGGACCGGUCCGCCGGAGCACAGUCAUUGACCAGAUACCGUUCCUGGCAGUAGCUCGAGCUCUAGGUGACCUGUGGAGCUAUGACUUCUACAGCGGGGAAUUUGUGGUUUCACCAGAACCAGAUACCAGUGUGGUUACCCUCGACCCCCGAAAACACCGCUACAUCAUCCUGGGCAGUGACGGUCUGUGGAAUAUGGUGCCUCCUCAGGAGGCCAUCUCCAUGUGUCAGAACAAUGAUGAGACAGUGGCAUCAUGUGGGGUAUCUAGCGCCAGGCAGCUGGUUAGCCAUGCUCUACUGCGCUGGCGUCAGCGGAUGCUACGUGCAGACAACACCAGUGCUAUUGUAAUCGCCCUGCAGGAGCCAGGCACAUCCCAGGACUCCCUGCACCAUGAGGAGGUGCUGCUUGACCUGGCAAAGGUGUCCCAGUGUCACCCCACCUCCAUAUCCCGCGCCAACACUCCUCUAAUUCAGCAGCCCACAGAAGAAGACUCUCCCUCAGCCGUCUGCGACCUCCUUCCAGCUCUGGAGAGACGAGAUGGACUAUCAGGAAGCAACAGCCUAUAUCACAUGACCCUGUCAGAACCUUUGGCCCUGACCCCGCUGUGUCCGAACAGUAGCGCUGAGCUCCCCGGUCCCACCGGGGCGGCGUGCAGCAGCAGGACACCCAGCAGCAAAAGGACAACAGACGGAUCGCCGCCAUCAACAGCCAAGAAAGCACGACGCAGGACUGCCGACAGGCCGCCGCUGGCUCAACACAACGCAGAGAAGAAACAGAAGGAGUCAACUAACGUCUCACCCAUUCUGCAGCGGCAUAAUAAGACCACAGUAUGUGUGUGCUGAGACAAAGGAACACACAACCACGUCUUCUACAUUGGCGCUUGUGUGGUUUUCUGUCGUUAAUCUUCAUCUCCUGACACUGUCGUAGUCUUACCCGUCACCAAACUGUCCUCAUUCAGAAACAUACAAGGUUUAUUUCCAAGUGCUCGUUUUGGUAAGACAUUGAGUCUUUGUUUUACAAUUCCUUUUUGCAAAUGGAUUCAACGUGUCUUAUUUCUCCUCUUUUUGGAAACAGUUGUAAGAAAUAAGUAUGACUAAUAUUGCUGAUGUAAAUAAUAUGAAUUUUAUAACCAAGUAUUAUGAAACAACUGUUUCAUUUAAAAUAAAUAUCUAUAUUUUUUAUACAUUCUUUUAUUGUACAGUGAGAACACAUGAGAAUUACUUUUAGAUGAGCUGUACCACAGAUGUCAUCUAGCGCCUCCUCACCUCACUCUGUCAUCAUGCAGUCCCUGCGUAAUAUUUAUGUGUUUUUAUUCUCAUCUUAUUUAACCACUGGAUAGUUGUCUUGAAUAUAACUGAAGGUGCUGCUACAGUCAGAAUCCAGUAAGCUACUACAUUGUGUAUAUUGAUAUAUAACUAUAUGUAAUAAGUGAUGGUAGCAUUUUUAUUUCUUUGAAAUGACAUGUUUGACAUUAACCCCGCCCAUAUGUUCACAUUGGAAUGAUUCUCUACUUGGACAUCUUACAUGUUGUCAUUUGUGAUGAAGUUGAGUAUUUUUUUAAUACCUCCACUGCUCCUUCAUACAAUUCCUGUGUCCCAGAAUGCCUUUCAGCCGUCCUCUACUGGACAGAAAGUACUGCAGAAGUUGUGACAGACCUGUGUGUUAACUGGACAUCCAGGUGGCUCAAAAAAACAAAACAAGACAACUUCCUUUAGUUAUAGAGCUGUGCAGUUUGGUGAAAAGGCCAUGUUGUGAUUCUCAUGGAUAAUAUUGCUUUGUUUGGUUUUCAAGGAAAUGUGCAGACCACAGCUCAUUUUGUAAUGUGUAUUUUUAUUCCCUCUCAAAUGGAUAAACGGAAACUCCUUUGAAACUUAAGUUUCACAGGCACUGAUUGACUUAAUCAUUUAGCUCUAUUUGAUUAACUUAAAUCUUUACAGUCCUUUACAGAUUUUUAUAUAUUUAUUUUGUGCUGCCAGAUUUCUACUGUUGGAGUGACAGCGAUCAGCAUUAACAUGCUUAGUUUUGACCAUUUUGCCUCUGAAAUUUUAAAAUAAUAGGUUGAAAAAUACAAAAUGGCACCCAGAUUUGAUGUCAGAUUUUAUUACUUUGAGUUUGACAUUCUCUGAUCCAUAUUUAUUUUGUUUGACUCAUGUUCAGUUCAAUAACUAUCUAAUGUCUAAUGGAAUCAAAGAGACUUCUGACAGUACAAUAUUUUUCAGCUUUCACCUUUGUCAGCCUUUGAAAACAGUUUGUCUUGUAUGAUGAGUCUGCUCUACCACCGUGUGUUUGUCCACUUAACAUCACUGAGACGUCCUCCUACGUUUUGGCUGAUUGAAGAGCUUUCUUUCUCAGCCUCUGUCCUUCUGUGCUGCAGCUGCAGCCGUAUUGUUACUGACGUAUGCACAAGGCUCAUUUGUGAGUAAAUACACUGCAUGGACUUUGUAAGAGACUAUUUUUGCACUAUAGUGGUGACCUUAAUUAUUUUUUAAAGGUUUUUUUUUUCCUCUAAUGCAGCUAGAGAUAAACAACAUGAACUGAAUCUAUAAUGAAAACACCAACUAGAGGAUAUUUUAUGACAAUUGUUUAAAAGGACUUAUUCAGCUGCAGAAAAAUGGCCUCUUACUGUCUAAAUUUGUGAUGAAUUUAAUAUUAUAUUACAAAGACACAGCCCAUGUGUCUCCUUUAAUGACUAUGUGUUUAAAGUGAGUAAGUGCAAUUUACAUCAGAAAUUCGUAGCAUCAAGGAUUUAUUAAAAAUACUGCGUGAAUUUUAAAAAUGUUAAAUUGUACUCUGCAGAUAGUGUCUAUCACUUUGCCUGGGAUCCCUGUAUGAUUUUUAAAGACUAUUUUUGAGAAAUGUCAUUUAAAUGGUGUUUGAAACCUGACAUGCCUGAUGCGGACAUCCACAGCAAGCAGUGCAUGUAUAUAGUGUAAAUGUAAAAAAACACCUAUCUGGAAAUAAACCUAUUGAAAUAAAAAGGUCUGAAGUAAAAUAACAUUAAUUCUUGAG